CAUCCUGAAGUGGGACUGACAACACUCCAUCCCUCUUUCUCCAGUGGGUGGGUGUAUUUUUCUUCUCUACAACACUGUGGAUGACUCGGAGAAUCUGGAGAUAAUGUCCCACUUAUCUUUUUGAGCUUUAAAUUGGAAAAGAAAAAAAAAGAUUAUCAAGAUGCUGCUGCUGCUAACUCUGCUGAUGAUGUGCUUCACCCCGAGCAUACUGGGGCAACUGGAGGAAUCCCAGUUUGGAAAUGUUGGAGAUAUUGAUUACGACUUGGCAGAUUUUGACUUAGAUAUUGCGCCGCGCAGGGUUCCUCGGCAGGUGAAAACUUUACUAAACAAGCAGACCAAACCUCACAUCCAGGAACUCUCCAUCAAGACCACCAUCAUCUCCCGCUACGCCUUCACCGCGGUGUACUGCGCCAUGCUCAACCGGCACACCACCGCUGCUGAGGGCGUCUUCCACUUUCAGAUCCCCGCUGGCGCUUACGUCUCCAACUUCACCAUGAUCAUCGGAGGGCGUGUAUACCAGAGUGAGGUCAUGCCGAAGCAAAAGAGGGUCAAGCAGGAGAACGGUAAACCCAAGAACAAAGAGUCAGGUGACGCAAGCUCCGAGCCGGAGGUGGAGGUUUUCAGGAUGGCGGCCAGCAUCCCGGGUCGAAACAGGGCCAUCUUCUUGCUUACCUACGAGGAGCUCCUGCAGCGUCGUCUGGGACGCUACGAACAUAUGACCAGCCUGCGGCCCUUGCAGUUGGUCAGCCGCCUCAGCCUGGACGUCACCAUCGCCGACCACUCGUCAAUCACGGACUUGCAGGUGCUGCCGCUUCGCAGUGGCCGUACUAGCACCUCAUCUGGGUCUAACGCACCUAAAACACCAGGUUCUCCAGCCAAGCUUGAGCCUCCCGUCACCACAGUGGUCAAAAACGAGAACAACGUCUACAGGAUCACUUUCAGUCCUUCCAUCAUCCAGCAGGCCAGGAUCACCACCAACGGCAACCUGGGAGACUAUGUGAUCCGCUACGAUGUCCAGAGAGACAUGGGGAUCGGAGACAUUCAGGUUUUAAACGGCCAUUUCGUCCACUACUUUGCUCCCAAAGACCUCCCCGUUGUCCCCAAGAACGUGGUGUUUGUGAUCGACACCAGCGCCUCCAUGUUGGGAACCAAGAUUAGACAGACUAAAGAUGCCUUAUUCACCAUCCUGAAGGAUCUGCGUCCUGGUGAUAACUUUAACUUCAUCAGCUUCUCCAAUAAGAUCAAAGUUUGGCAGCCGAAUGGUCUCGUACCGGUCACGCCCCUUAACAUCAGAGAUGCCAAGAAGUUCAUUUACAUGCUGGUGCCCAACGGAGGCACAAACAUCGAUGGUGCCAUUAAUACUGGCUCCACUCUGCUUCGUGAGUACCUCUCGGGCCCUAACGUCAACCCCAAUAGUGUCUCCCUCAUUAUUUUCCUGACGGAUGGACGGCCCACGGUUGGUGAGAUCCAAUCCACGACGAUCCUGGGGAAUACCCGCUCAGCUGUGCAGGAAAAGUUCUGCAUCUUUAGCAUCGGGAUUGGGAAUGAUGUUGAUUACCGGCUGCUGGAGCGCAUGUCUCUGGAAAACUGUGGGAUGAUGAGACGUAUCAAUGAGGAAGCUGAUGCCAGCGCUAUGCUCAAAGGGUUCUACGAUGAGAUAGGAACUCCUCUGCUGUCUGACAUAAGGAUCAACUACACUGAGGACUCGGUCCAAUACGUUACUCAGCAUCUCUUCACCAACUACUUCAACGGUUCGGAGAUGGUCAUCGCCGGCAAACUGACCAACCAAAGCAUAGAAUCACUUCACGUUCAGGUAACCGCUAGCAACAAUGACAAGAGCAUCAUCCUGGAGACUGACGUGCCACUGAAGCAACGAGAGAAGGAGACUGAGAAGCAUGUGAAGGCUGCUACAGCGGCAAUGGCAGCUGGAUCUAAGGCUUUGGGUUCGAUUGCGGAGGACUUUGUAGAACGCGUCUGGGGUUUCCUGAGCGUCAAGGAGGGACUUCGGUCACGGUUGCGCAGUCAAACCAGCAAAGAGAGGGAAGACCACAUUCAACAGGCCACCAAUUUGUCUAUGACCUACCACUUCCUCACUCCUCUCACCAACCUGGUGGUGGAGAAGCCUGAGGUUUUGGCUGAUGGCACCAUGGCCCUGGCGCCAACCAUCCCCCCAGCUGCUGAUGAGGAUAAGCCUUCCUCAUCUCUCUCACCUGCCAACGAGCUGCCGGGUGACACUGACAAUGGAAAGCCACAGAAACCUGAUGGGAAGAAGCCAGGACGCCCAAGCUCAAGUCUGAGCAACACACUGGGUAAAGUUGAGAGGAGACCAGCCAAGAAAUCCGUCACCAUCUCCAAAACAUCAGCGGACGGUGACCCUCACUUUGUGGUUGAGUUCCCCCUCAGUAAACUGACCGUGUGCUUCAACAUCAACGGCGAGCCUGGGCACGUCCUUCGCCUCGUCUCUGACCACAAGUACUCCGGUGUGACCGUGAAUGGUAAACUAAUCGGGGCCCCACCUCCACCAGGCAGCCACAAGACACAGCGUACCUACUUCAGCACCAUCACCAUCGUGGUGGAUCAUCCCAAACGUGCCUACAUUGAGGUGACCCCUAAGAAAGUCAUCCUGGACGGGCGGGACCGUAUGGUUCUGCCCUGCCACUCCACAGUUUCUGUGGACAGCGGCGUGCUGUCAGUGGCCAUUGUGGGGAAGUCCAACGUGACUGUGACGGUCGGAGGAAACAUCAGCUUUGUGAUCCUGCUGCACCAGUACAAGAACCCAGCUCCGUACCAGAGAGACCAUCUGGGGUUCUACAUCGGUAACAGCAAGGGGCUGUCCAACAACUGCCAUGGUCUGUUAGGUCAGUUCCUGUAUGAAGAAGUGGGACUGUCCAAGCUUCCAGCAGAAGGAGACAUGAAACCCUCGCAGGUCCUCAAAGUGAAAAACCGCUCAGUGCCGGUUGUUGAGAAGAGCAGACGGAUCUACAGCGGGACACAGAGCGUGAACUGCUGGUUCGCCAAGAACAACGCGGCAAAGCUGAUAGACGGACAAUACGAGGACUAUUUGAUGUCACACAUGUUCGACACAGGGGACUGGCCACACGGGACUAACAGAGUGUGAGACAACGACCACUACGAACUGUAGCUGUGGCAUUUAAUUAUUUUAAAUCUUAACUAAUUUUACCCAGUAUCCAUAAAUAUCACAAGCCAAUAG